GGAAGUCUUAGAUCAUCGUAAUUGAACGAUUGUUGAUCCGUCGAAGAUUUGUUUUUAGUGUGGUCGUUUCCGGAAUUCCCAUCAAUCUGUCUCGCGGUCGAUGCAGAAUGCAGUUUAAUGGAGAUUGAUAUGCUGAUGUGAACGCAUUAAGUUUUCCACUCGAUUUUUGAAAAGUGCAAACAGACAGACAAAUAAACAAACGACGGAGUUGGGCUAAAACGAUCAGAAUCAGGCAUUCAGGGUCGGAGUGAGCGAAGCAGGGAUUGUUUAUGAUCGUGCGUGCGUUUAAUGUUUGCUCUCUCACUUCGGAUCGUUCGCUUCGUAUGCGUUCGAGUGUCAUCGAAAAUGAACUUACGACAAAUCCCGAGAGUGGAUUCUACACUAAAGAAGCCAGUGAUAUGGUCACAAUAAUCCAGCAUAUGAUAUCAUUAGGUCAUAAAUUCGAGGCAAACGAAGUAAUAAAUUUAAGUUUAGAACCUGGAAUAUGCUCAAUUGACGAUGAAAUCGAUGGCACGUGUAUAGUGCGUGCGCGUGGUUUGCCCUGGCAGAGCAGCGAUCAGGAUAUCGCUCGGUUCUUCCGGGGGUUGAACGUGGCGAAAGGUGGCGUAGCGCUCUGCUUAUCGCCCCAGGGACGCCGUAACGGCGAAGCUUUGGUACGGUUCGUUUCGCAGGAGCACCGUGACAUGGCGCUAAAACGACACAAGCAUCACAUCGGCAAUCGGUACAUUGAGGUGUAUCGAGCAUCCGGCGAGGACUUUUUGGCUGUGGCCGGAGGUGCAUCAAAUGAAGCUCAAGCUUUUCUCUCCAAGGGAGCUCAAGUCAUCAUCCGUAUGCGAGGUCUCCCAUACGAUUGUACUGCAAAGCAGGUGUUGGACUUUUUCGCCAGCGGUGACAACAACUGCUCCGUACUGGAUGGUUCCGAUGGAAUACUGUUUGUGAAGAAGCCCGAUGGCCGGGCGACCGGCGAUGCGUUCGUGCUAUUCGCCCAGGAAUCGGACGCUUCGAAAGCUCUCUCGAAGCACCGUGAAUCGAUCGGGCAGCGCUACAUCGAGCUGUUCCGAUCGACCACGGCGGAGGUUCAGCAGGUACUGAACCGUUCAAUGGACCCGAAGACCUACGAGCCACCACAGCCACCAUUAAUAGCAGCACUGCCACCGGUGCACAUGCCUCUUCUGCCACAGCACGUCAUCACCAGCGGUACCGCAAAGGAUUGCAUUCGGCUCCGAGGUUUGCCCUUUGAGGCUAAGGUGGAACACAUUCUACAUUUUCUGGAAGACUUUGCGAAGCACAUAGUCUACCAGGGAGUGCAUCUGGUGUACAACGCACAGGGUUCAUUCAAUGGGGAGGCCUUCAUCCAGAUGGACUCGGAAGCGGCCGCUUUCCAGUCGGCCCUGCAAAAACACCACAAAAACAUGAUGUUCGGCAAGAAGCAGCGCUACAUCGAAGUGUUUCAGUGUUCCGGCGACGACAUGAAUAUGGUCCUGAACGGAGGAUUCCAGCAGCCGUCGAGUAUUUCGAAACCGCCGCUACUGUCACCCGGUAUGUUACCACCUGCGCAACAACCACCAACACAAAACCCACAAACACUAGCGUUGUCACAGCUUCCGUUGAGUGUUCCUCCUCCCUUAACCCUAUCGAUUCCUCCACCCAAUCCCCAGCUGAUAGCACAACAGCAAGCCCACUUUAUAGCACAGCAGAGCUUGAUGGCUCGACAAGCAGCAGCUGCUGCUGCCGCAGCUCAACAGCAGGAACAAUUCUUCCUGCAUAACCUAGCUGUCUAUCCAACGCAUUCCACGGUCGCCUCUAAUAAUUCGGCUAUGUCUCAAACACCGCCUGCGUACGCGACUGCAAACAGUCCCCAGGCUCAGAGUGGUCUUCACAUGACCCAUGGCCACGCACCUACAGCUGUUCCAGGUAUGAGCCAGGCUGCGGCAGCUCAUUAUGCCUCAGCCGCAUAUCCCUCGGCUGGUGGCCAAUAUCCACAGUUUGUAUUCAUGCCCCGUCAUAUGAUCAAUCCGGGUGGAUUCCCAAUGGGAUUUGUACCACCGGGGUUGAGUUCAUUGCACUUUCCGGGGGCGGCAACCGCAAAUUCUGCUGGGGCAGCUGCUGCCGGUCUCUCACAAUCCCCUUUCGCCGGUUCGGCCGGACUUCACCAUCCCGGUACACUGGGGCACCUUUCAGCCCAAUCGCAGCCACAGCAGCCGCAGUCACAGCAUCAUGCAGCCGCUCUGACGGCUAAUGCUGCUGCAGUCGCUCAAAGUGCGGCCAAUCCUUUGCUUCAAUCCAGCAUCAAACGCUCUUACGACAAUGCCUUUCGUGGCGAACAGUCCCCACUAGCGGCGACAGCCGGUUCUAAGCGUCCAUUCCACGGUGGCAAUCAGGCAGCCGCCGCUGCGGCAGCUUCAGCGGCUGCUGCUCUUUAUGCCCCCUACUACCAUCCACAUAUGUGAGAAGUUUACUGCAUUAUUAAUUAAUCAUGUUGGCUAUAUGAAUAAUCAUCGUGAACCACUUUUAGUACAUGGAUACUAAAAGCAUUACCAUUUUUUUAUGCUUAAAUUAUGAAUUCUAUAAAGUUUACUCGUAGUUGUAAUUCUUAACUAAUAACGAAAUUACAUUCCAUCCACUGCUAGUAACCAACGGCAGCUACAUUAUCCAAUUUAGAACACCAAGUGGAUUCAAAAAAAAAAACAUGAUCGCGCAAGACUCUCUUCAAAUCGAUAGACGCUACUAAACGUACUUAUAAGAGAUGAUUCAUAUAUAAAGUUGAUGCAUUAUUUUAUUACUAUUUUUAUAAUCAUAUAUUUUUGUAAUCAUAAUUACUACAUUGUCAUUGCGGUACUUAUAGGCGAUAAAAGUUGUGCUAACCAAUGCUUCCCCUUGCCCGAAACACCCCUCAAUCAAAUUGUUCUCAACCUUCCCUUUUCCGAAGUUUCCCGCUAAUCGAUCUUUCGGAUUAACCCUCAUCUUGGGACGGAGAUGCAGCUCCUCCUAUAAUAUUGUUACAUGUGAAGACUGACAUCAUGGCCGAAAAUGAAAAACAGAAAAUACCUCUUUCCCCCACUCUCGCUCACCCAUAUACACCCACACCCACACAUGAAUACGUUAACUGCUGCUAUGUAAAGACAAUUUGCUCUGAAUUGAUCUGUCUACUGGUCCAGUUCUAUUGUUCUAUUGUCACAACACAGGGGGUGUCGGGAAUGUUGUUAUUAUUGUUAAGGCAAACGGAGCUAUACUAAAGUUCAUUGUGAAUGAAUUGUGCCGGACGAGUGAUUUACUCAUACACACACUUAUACACACCCAUGUGACAACUGACAGCUUAAAUUCACUGAUAUUUUUUUCUGCAAUGUUAGACUUAGUAUUCCUAGCCGGAAAUUAGUUAGAGCGUAAAACGAUAGAUAUUUAACUGCAUAAGAGGAGGAUACCUGUGGAGUAAUAUUUUAGCGGCCAAUUGUAUCCCCUACUACCAACAUUCACCUUAAUACCGGUAGUUGAGCAUCAGUCAGUAACGGAGCUAUAUAGGACUAUAAAAUGCGCAUUAUGUUAACAUUCCUUCGAAAAAUUGUUCAUUAGACUUUGUGGUUUGACAUUCAUUGUUUUUUUAGUACAAUUAACACAUUCCAGAAGGGGAACACCGCUAGGUGUGCCCUUAGUAAACACUACUACAGGCGGCAUAUAAUACACACAGGAUAUCGUUACAUGUACCGUAUGUAAAGGAAAGUUUAUCGAUCCCUAGUUUUCAUUGAAUCAUAUAGCAUAAAGUUUCAAAUCAAUAGCGUACUCCAAAAUAUUUAUUUUUCUGUCCUCAAACCAUUUCGAUGCCAGCUUUCAUGUUUACUUUGGAUCUGUUUAGAGUUGCACUUCAAGAUGGCCAGAAAAACUUCUCAAGAUGGCCACUGAAACAUGAUUCAUGAUGGCCAAUUAUUAGUUUUCGGACACAAAAUAAUACCAACUUCGAUAAUAAAACCUUACAAUCGCCGAAAUAACAACUAAAUACAAUGUUUAUAUACCACAAAAUGACAGCGGCGGCUGUAUACACAGCAAAAUAGUGUUAGUCAUAUUUGAGUGGUUAAACUUGUUUGUGCUUUUGGCUGAGGGGGUGGAUAAACUUUUUUUUCACAUACUGUACACAUUAAUACGCGAAAUCACACUUCACUAACACAUUCCGUGCAGCACUGACGUGAUCGUGAUCAACAAAACAAUCCGCUUUUUGUUCUAGAACAAUCGUGUUCCGUAUAGGAUCUGUUAUCGUUAGUUGACCUGCAACGCUGUAAUGGUAUCUAGGGCUUUAACUGUGAGGCGCAUCUGUCGAACACCAAAAUCGCAGCUGUUUUAUUUCCGUACUAUAACACAAACACACUCAUAAAAAAAUAUCAUAAACAUUCCAAGAGCACGCGCGCUGUAUUAGUGUGAUGUUCGACCGGUGCGCUGCGCACUCGAUUGAUUGAUUGAUAAUGGCGGAAAGGGUAAACAAAGUGAGUUACCUUAAGAAUUGUGCCAAGACAGAACGGGAAAACUGCGAAACGACUGGUGGUUUAUGGGCUUUUUUAGUUCGUUUCAUUGUAAUUGUAAAAUUUCGGUAACCCGGUUUUCUUCCGUUGGAAAAGGGUAAUUGUUUUUUGUUUCGAUGUUCAAACUGCUGUUUCACAUUCAUUUUAAGCUGGAUAUAAUUCUGUGGUCUGCUAAGCUUUGUACAAAAUUUGAUUCUUUCGUUUUCAAGUUUAACCUUUCUGUCUUGUGGCUACUGAGGUGUGUUUUGUUUUAAGGUGAUACCCCGAUCACUGUAAGAGAGGUUUGCGAAAGCGAAAAUUAUACACUAUAAGUUGUUUGUGAAUGUUGGUUGUUUUUAUUUUUACAUUUUCUGCUCAGCUCAAUAGAAUAUUUUUUUAAUUAAAUGUGUCUGUGUAAGCGUACAAUGUAUCAAGUAGAUAUAAUAUUUUUCCUUAUUUUCAUAUUUCCUUCUAGUAUAAGCAAAAGAUAAAACAGAAGACAAUUCCCAAUUUAAUAUAAUUAAUAUUAAAAUAACAAACAAAUAACAACGUGGUUACAGUUUUAUUUACCAUUUCACACUUACUCUGUCAUCUAUUGCAUCACACCAUUUGUUUCUAGUGGUCGCGGGCAGCGUAGAUUUCUGCUGGUUUACGCAAUCUAAUGUUUGAGCUCAGCUGUGUGCGUUUGUUUGUUAUGUUUUAUCUAAUUAUUUUAUAUAGAUAGUGUCAAAUAUGUUUCAAAUGUCCAAAAUAGUCAGAAAUAUCAAAAUAUCGAAAACAAAUUGAAAGCUGUCAAACUUAAAACAUUCGAAAUUGUUGAAUAUAUCAAAAAUGUCAAAAGUUUAAAGCCAGCAGGGUCAAAAAAGGACAAUUAUGUCAAAGAUUACAAAAAAAGUAAAAAAUAGUAAAUUGUAAAGACUGUCAAAAAUAAUAUAUGCCAAAACAGUCUAAAUCGACAUUAACAAAAUCGUCUAAAAUGACAGAAAUGUCAAAUAUUCCAAAAAUCUGACCAUUUGACUCACUUUCUUAUGGUGUUUGAUUAUAUUGCAAAAUUUUUCAAUUGAAAAACAUUCUUGGAUUGACAGUUAGCUUUUAACUUUUGGAACAUUUAUUUUUGAUACCUAUUUUAUCUAAAACAAUCAUCGCAUACAGACAGCUCAAACACUACCAAAAUAAAUGGUUCUUCGCACACCCACUACCCGCAGGGGUGUCCCGGCAGCCCAUUCAAGCGGUCCGAUCCUUCUGCUAUUUCUGUUUCUUCUACUUCUCCUCUUGCCGCUUUUGCAAAGUACCUACACACCCCUAGGGGGAUUAUUGCCUACUACUCAGCCAUUCGCCGCACUGUCCAUCAUCUACUACUAGAAAUGGUUUCCGGUCGCGGGAUCCCGCUCUCCAACGUCUGUUUCGCGUGCUGUUGUCAUACUGUGGUGGUUACUCGACUAGCUACUGUUGUCCGCGUUCGUAGCACUUGUUUGCUCUGGUACGAGGUAGAUCGCCGUCCUUCGUGCCACUAAUCGAUUUUUCCGUACAUACUGCUGCCACUUUUUUCUAUCCAAAGUAACCUUCAAACUUUCACCAAAAGUUAAAAUUGAAAUUUCUAACUUUAGUGCAAGUAAAAAAUAAAAACAGGACAAAGUAAAGCCUCAUCUAAAACCAAUUAGCUGCCAUCGCCUAUCUGUUUAUGUGUCGCUAGCUAGCAAAUCAAUCAAACUACAACAAUGGUGAACAGUGUGUGGUGUGGGAGUUUAUUUUACCAACGGAUUCGAAGCAUUUCAAUUAACGGUGUACCGAUGGUGUGUGGUGCUCGCGCGCUGGACAUAAACAAAUAGUGGGUCAACCAAACAAACAAAAAAAAAUCCUUAUGUAUCAUCCCUUAUACAUCGUGGUGUACAAGUACUAUUAUAAUAUACAUUUACAAGUUGAUGGAUAUCUGUGUGCGUGUUAUUGCCAAUGCCAAACUGCAAAGUAUCAUGUCUAAAAAAAACAAAACUCAAGCGGAAGGAUUACUACCACUACCACUACCACAUCGCAGCGUGUUUUCUGGCAGAGUAUAUUUGGUGGUUUAUGGGCAAAUUCCUCUAUCUUAUCAUGCAAUGGUAACAUAAUAUUAUAUAUAAUUUGCAUCUACGGUGAGUGUUUUUUAUUUACUUAUUUUUACUCGUUUUUUUUUGUAACUGUAAACUAUUCUUUAAGUUUUCCAUAUUUUUAGUUUCUCUAUUUACUCUAUCUCCUGUUUCGUUUUCUCUAUCUGUUCUCAGUGUCGAUACUAAUGUUGUUGUUUGUCCACAUUCUAACCUCAAGUCACAACGCUUAUUGCCUUGUUUUCCUCUCUCUCUCUCACUGUUCCACACAACUGUGCUGCGCUGCUCCGGCUGAGCCCCCAUGCUUAGCACAAGCGAACUCCCACUUUCCGGGUAAUUUUUGUACUAUCGGUAGCUGUAGUCUGACGGGCGAUUGUUAUAAUUUCAUACAUGUGGGUAAUGGUCGUAUUUGAUUGAUACACGGUUGACAGUCCGGGCCGCAAAAUUACAACUUAGUAAUUCAUGUAAUUUGUCUUGCAUACGCUUACUUUUUAAUUUCUGUAUCUCUGCAAAACAACAAGACGCCAGCGCAAUCCUGUACUUGGAUUGCAAUUAAUCAAGGGUUCCUUUUAAUGCUCCAAAUAGGUUUAACACAAGUGACAGCAUGAGAUUUAGCUAAGCGUGUAUGGUAGUAUGUUGAAAAUAUGGCAUUUCAGUGUUGUAACAAAACUAUAAGGGGCUUCGAAUGAAAGGGGGCGAUUCUGUAGGUUGUUGGAUCAUAAUAUGUCGUAUCGUAAGCUGAUUUUUCAUCGGGGCAUGCAUUUUGUUAAGUAUCAAUAUGGCUUAGUUUUGUAAUCUUCGUGUACUUAACGGUAAACAACCGACAUAAAAACCUUACUCCUAAUAUUAUCAUUAUUAAUAACAGCAAAUAUAGUAUUGACAGUAGGGUCAUUAGUAUGAUAAACUUUUCAUCGUCACCUUCUUGUUCAAUUUCUGGCUACUAGAACGUUUCUGAGCCGAAAUAAUCUCUGAAGGGCGCAGACUUGAUUUUGUGAAGAUUUCUCUGGUGGAUAAACCAAUCAAAUGAUUGGGUUGAUUUUCAGAGGUCGAAUAAAACAAAUUUAAUCUAUCGAUUAGUCGGUCAAUGUCAAGCGUAUGUACGAUAGCUUACGACCGGUUACCAGACUUCAAGAUCAGUCGAUCACACCGACGAGAUUCAACUUAGUCGAGAGAACAGUCGGGAGAAAUUUCAUGAGUAUGGCAUUCUCCAAAUUUUCACCCACUUUUCCUCAGAAUAAGUAGAAUUUCGUCAGUGAGAUCGACCAAACUUGGAACCUGCUAAUUGGCCAUUUGUUGCACAGACGCUUAUGGAAGCUUAACGAGGCAUUUGACUGACUAAUCUGUUGAUCAAACGACACCUACUGAAUUUGACUAAAUCCAAAUAUCUUAAAAUAACAAUAUAGUUCACUCUCGAAUUUUCCAUAUAUUUCCGUGGAGACAGACAGGGAACACCCCCUCUCGUGGUGAAAAAGGUAACUAAACUCAUUGCACAGUGGUACAGUAAGGCAAUUUAGGCGGACAUGAGCUUUUCGUUGCGAUUUUGGUUUGCGGUUUAAAGCCAUAGUUUUUGUAAAAAGUUGUUCCUUAUACAUAGUCCUCUAUUUAUGUGCAAAUGAAAAUUAGGGUGGUCCUAAAAUCAACGAAAUAAAAACAAACUAACUUGUUUUUAUUUGCAUAAAUAAUUGUAAACAUUCUUUGGCAAACUUGUAGAUCAACUAAUUCUAAGUAACUUUGUAAAAAACCUUUUCGUAGACAUUAAAUUUGGUUUCCAAAAACAGUCUUUUCGCUUUAAUUUUUCAAUUCAAAUUUAAAAACAAAGUUUUCUUCGGUAACUUUAAUCAAAAAUACGCCAAUUUUGACGAAAAAACAUUGUCGAUAUAUUGUACAGAUGAAGAGUUUUCACUAUUUCUAUUUUAAAAAUAGGCCCUUUUAAAAUAUUGAUGUCUCCGUUUAGGGCAAACAUAAAUAAUAUUUUUUGGUAUCAUUUGAAAGAACAAAUAUUGUAAAAAUAUUGUGAAGAAAUACCGAAAGUUGCUUAAAAUUAGUUGAUCUACAACUGUGCCGAUGAAUUUAUACAUUUAUUUCUGCGAAUAAAAAAGUUAGUUUUUUUUUAUUUAGUCGAUUUCAGGACCACCCUAAUUUUUAUUUGCACAUAAAAAAUAGACUAAAUAUAAGAAACAAGUUCUUAGAAAAAAAAAUUUACUCUAAAACCACAAAAUCGCAUCGAAAAACUCAUGUCCGCCUACAUUGCCUUACUGUAUCACUGUGCAUUGUUGUUGAAUUUCUGUGAGCGAGUGUCAUUCUCACACACGAAACUGAAUUUACUCAAUUUUAGAUUUAGUUUACUCAAUUUCAUACUCUCACAGAAAAAAAUAUGUUGUAGAUUUCGUGCGUAUAUUGUUUGUAUGUAAAACUAACGCCAUUUCGGGAGUUAAAUAUUGAUAAUAUAAUAGAUGUAGCUUAUCGAGGCAUGAAGAAGAAAUAUUCAAAUAAUCAGGCCACGACGUGUAAAUGGUAAACUAAUCCCAAGUUGCUAUAGACGUGGUUCCCUGUGUAACUUCACUAGCUCAGAUCACGGGAUAGCAACUACGAAAUGUGCGGCCGUCAAGCUCAAGCUCAAUAAUCAGGCCACGAAGUGUACAAUUAAAUGAAUGUUUCAAUUAUCUCGUGGAAAAGAUAAAAGGGGAAACCGCACAAUGGUUGUCAAUAGUCGUAUAUGGUUGUUGUGCAACUUUUAGCUCAGAUAACACUUGAAUGUUCUAUCAAUUUAACAAUUUAAGUAUGGAUACAUAUAAUGUUGUAAUUGGUUUAAAAGCUUUAUUAUAUUAUAUAUAAAAGAUAUUCAACAAAACAAACAUAAUUAGUGAUAACAACUGUUAUGCAAAAACUAUUAUUUAAUGUUUAGUUUUCUCCGUUUUGAAAGUAUUUUUUGUUUUUUUUAUCCCUCCGAAUUUUUUGCUUUCGAGUUCUAUUCAUCACUUGCUUUUUGUGUUUAAUUUAAUAAUUCUCAACAUUCCAAAUUCAUUGAUUUCUUGCGGUUUUAUCGGAAUGACAACAACCUCGACUUUUGCCUUUAGUACAUCACCUCUAUUCCGGAAACACUCAUAUUGGGAGGUAUUCAGUUAUUUUCGUUGUUUUCCAGAAACUGAAAGUGGUCAUCUUCGAAUUCAAGAUGGUGUCCAGGGUCAAUGCUUGGCUUCUAUACAAUAUUUCUAUUACGGAAAUAUUCAUAUGCAGUAGUAUUCGGCUGUUUCCCAGAAGUUGUCAUCUUACAAUUCAAAAUGGUGUCUGAGCCCAUAAUACCCAUAAUGAGUGUUAUUUGGUCUUUUGCCACUGUUGUUUAGGAACCGGAAGUCACCAUAUUGGAUUUCAAAACGGCAUUUGGAGACAAUUUCUGGCCUCUGAGCAUCAUUCUGGUUAAAGAAACGCCCAUAUUUGGUUGUUUUUGGGUCAUUUUCGGCAGUUUUCCAGUCACCAAAAGUCGCCAUUUUACAACUCACAACUCUGUCCGAGGUCGAUUUGUGGUUUCAGUGCAUCAUCACGAUUUCGGAAAUACCCAUAUUGGGUAGUAUUUGGUCAUAUCUCACUGUUUCUCAGAAACCGAAAGUCGCCAUCUUGGAUUUCAAAAUGGUAUUUAGAGACAAUUUAUGGCCUCUGAGCGUCAUUCUGGUUGAAAAAAAAAAACACCCAUAUUAGGUGGUAUUUGGUCAUUUUCAGCAGUUUUCCAGUCACCGAAGGUCGCCAUUUUACAACUCAAAAUAUUGUCGGAGGUCGACAAACGUACAAACCUUGGAACACCACCCAUGGAUUGCCUCAUACAUAGGCGAACUUUAUUAUUAUAAAAUAUUCGGCCGAGUCCACUUCACAAUGAAAUGUGCAUUUUUUUCAGUGUACCCAUUAGGGUAAUAUUAUUGUCAAAAGUUACUCUUUUUCGCAUGUCGUGUAGAACAAAAUCAGAAAGGUGACUAACGCUUCUGUCAUUUUCAAUUUGUCUUCAUAAUUUCACGUAAGUGAACUAUAUUGGUACUUAAGAUAUUUGCUAAAUCGGUCGAUCGAUUGGUAUAUUCACCAGUGAACAACCAACUUCAUCUGUAGAUUUACAGAUGAACGAAAUCAGUUUCGUUGGAAUACUAGUCGGAUGAUUAGCUGAACCCGAUGGAGUGUGUUUACUGCAAUUUUUGUCAGCUGUCAAAUGUCGAUAGGAUGUGUUUCUUUUUUCCCGAUAAUUUAAGACAAGUUUCCACAAAGCGUGAAGACAUUGAAAAAUAUGACGUGACUUUUGCUUAAAACCGGAUUAAAUUCUGUCCGGAUUUUCCAAAUUGUAUGAAAAACAUACUACAAUUAACUAUCAAUUCGAAGUAUUAUUAGUUUUUGAAGACCCAACCGGUUCUACUAAAAAAUUGCAAGCAAGAAGGUUAAAAACCUAUUGUAGUCUAGAAACAGGUUUCACAAUGAAGGAAAACUCAUUCUCUAUGUGUUUUGCAAUUAUGUCAUCUUCCACAGUGGAACUGAGAUGUCAGAUAUAAAAAAAUAGUUUGAAAACAAAAUCUGCUCAAAAUUCGAAAGUUUUAAAAUCAUUGCACCAGUUUUUACAGCAGUUUGUUUUCCUCAAUCACUUCGUACAAUACACCAGUACGCGUCGGAACAUUUAUCUUUAUCGCAUACAGACGGAACUUGAACCCGCAAUCUCCCUGUCUUAACUACUACUGGGACGGUGAUACUGCGGUCGAAAAAAAUCUCGAUUUUGCAUGUCAACAUGUUUGAUGCUUUGCAUUUCCCCGAAGUUUCUGUGAAUGAUCUUUUCCCAAAGUUUCAUGAGAAUCGGUUGAAAUAUCGAUUUUUGGUAGCACUUUGAAUGUGGCUAUAUAAGGCAAUUUCGAUGAUUUUUAUGUUUGAAAAUCACAGUUUUUAGCUUAACUUCAAAAACCUGUAACUCCCUCAAUUUUAAUUUUGAUUUAACAAGUUUCAUUUUGAAGAGAAAUUUAUGUACUUUUUUGUUCAAAACUUGCCAAAAAUGCAACCGAUAUCUCAAUCGAGGUACAACAUAUUGCAGGGAAGUCAAAAAAGCAUGUUUUUCCAAACUCAUUUCUACCGCAUAAUCUUGUAAAACAGCGCGGAACGAUCGGAUGAUCAAUAGCCUAUGGGAAAAUUAUUGUACUUUUUAGAUUUUUGGGUCCAGUUUUGCACAUCGUUGCUCAUAAAAGCUAUGAAAACGUAUGGUGGUCAGUUGUAAAAUAUUCAGUUUCGCAUAUUUGAACAAAAUGAUUGACUGUAAAGCAUACACGAAGUUUUCAGAAGUUUCAAGCUUUUUUAUAUAAACUUGUAAACCGCUUUCAGUACUACAAGAUGUAUAAAAAGAGGAAAUGAAAAUGAGAAAAAAAAACACCGUCGUUAAAAUAAACUACCGUAUGAUCUCAUUUUUUUCCUUGAAAGACCUUUAAUUGGUCGUAGAAAGAUCUUAAAUUGGUCAAACGGCUGAAAAGCUUUAAAUUUUCAAAAUAAUGAAAAAGGGGAAUCGUACCAGUUAUGGCAAUAUUUGAAAAAAGUACCGGUUAUGGCCUAUGAAGUUUGAAUACGACCUCAUAGCUUUUCGAUGAAGAACAAAUAUACUAAUUUUAAGAAAGAUCGGAGCAAAAAGGAUUUGAUCAUGAAAAAGGCCUAACGGCACUUUAGGUGGGUAAAUUGUCAUUUUCAACAUUUUCUGCCAUCAAAAAUGAGUUCACUACGAAUAAUUUGUUUGUGCAACGUAAGAACUUCGACGACACUAAUAACGCGAAGCUAGACAAGAC